AUGUUUGAUUAUGAGAAUGAAGAUGGAGGAUUUGUUGAUUAAUUUCAACAUAGAGAAGAUUAGGAUGAUAGUUUUGCAUCAUUAUAAAAUGAAUAAUAUUGUCCACGUACAGAAGUUCCAAGAUUAAACACUAAAGUUUAAGUGGAUAGAUAUAAUACUUUAAUGGAAUAAGAUGCAGACACAAAGAAUAUUCCUAAAACAUUUGGAAAUAACUUUAAAAAGUUUAUGGAUAAUCAAAUAUAAUAAAAAAAAGACUAUUUUACAAAGUAUCCUAUUCCAAAAGAAAUGACAAAUUUUUUAAAUAAGAAAAAGACUGGUAAGUAAGCAGAUUAUACAAUCCAAGAUUUUAGAGAACUUUUUCUUAAUAAAUAAUCAAAUGUUUGGUUUUAAUUUUAUAUUGAGAAUUUCUCUUUUUUAGAUUUGGUCAAUUCUAAUAGGAUAGAUGAUCCAGAAAAAUAUAUUAAGUUUAUAGAAUAAUAUUUAGCAGGGGCUAAAGAUCCACUUAACUUUAUUUCAAGUCGCCCAAUAAAAAAUAAUAAAUAAGAAAAAAAAAAAUAAAAAGGAGAGGAAAAAAUAAUUGAAGUUUAAUAAAUGUAACUUUAUGAACUUCCUCAAAUGAAUGAAGAAGAAUAAGAUUAAAUCUAACAUUAACCUUAAAAUGAUUAUGAAGAUUCUAAUCAAUUACUUAUAAUCUAUGGGAGAGAAGUUUAGAACCAAUAUUAGGAUUGAAA